AUGGACAAAAUAGUGGUGGCUAACCAACCGGAUAUAGUGGUGGUAGACAAGCGGAAGAAGACAGCCGUAGUGAUCGACAUUGCGAUACUGAAUGACAGCAAAAUCAGGAAGAAGGAACACGAGAAGCUUGAGAAAUACCAAGGACUCAGAGAAGACCUUGAGAGGAUGUGGAGGGUGAAGGUAACAGUGGUCCCAGUGGUAAUCGGAGCGCUAGGUGCAGUGAUUCCCAAGCUAGGCGAGUGGCUUCAGCAGAUCCCAGGAACAACAUCGGAGAUCUCUGUCCAGAGGAGCGCAGUCCUGGGAACAGCUAAGAUACAGGACCCUCAAGCUCCCAGGCCUCUGUUAGGGGACCCAAGCUUGGAGGAUAGACUGCUAGCAGGGCCCUACACAAAACUACUAAUUUCGGAACAGGCGCUGAAGUUUCUAACUGGCCCUGUGUCCACCAUCCUUUUACCUUCCUUCUACAUGCUGGUCUGCUCCAUCAGUGUGCCAAUUAACAUCUGUGCUCUGCUGGCCUUUGCUCGGGGGAUCCGUCCUAAGAAGCCAGCUGCAAUCUAUAUGCUGAACCUGGCCUUAGCCGAUCUUCUCUUUGCACUAAUGCUCCCCUUCAAGAUCUCCUACCACUUUGAAGGCAACAACUGGAAAUUUGGCCCGUCCAUGUGCCGCGCUGUCACUGCUGCCUUUUACUGGAACAUGUAUUGUUCUGUUCUUCUCAUAGCUUGCAUCAGUGUGGACCGUCUGCUUGCUGUAGUUUAUCCCAUUGACUCUCUGGCUUGGAGGAGGCCAAGGAACACAGUCAUAGCCUGCAUAACCAUGUGGGUGUUAUCCUUUACUGGCUCUGUGCCUCUUGUUACAUCAGACCAGACUUUUCACAUCAGUGAGUUGAACAUCACCACCUGCCAUGAUGUCCACUCCACAGCUAAGAUCGUCUGGUUAAAGACAUACUUCCUCACCCUCUGCUGCAUUUUUUUCUUCCUACCUCUGCUCAUCACAGUGGUGUCCUACGCUCAGAUAAUCUGGUCAUUGAGCAGAGUCCAACAUGAUGUUCCAGGAACAUCACAGAGGAGAAGAAGAGCAAUGGUGAUGACUUUGACUGUGCUGGUGAUAUUUUUGCUGUGUUUCAUGCCCACAAACUGUCUGCUGCUUGCACACUACCUGCAAUUAAACGAAGAACCCAAGAAGAGCCCGGAGGCACCCGAUGGCUCUUACGCACUCUAUCUGGUGUUUCUGUGUUUGGGAAGUCUGAACUGCCUCCUGGAUCCCCUGCUCUACUACUUUGGAUCCUCGCAGUGCCAGAAACAACUAUCCAAUAUGCUGAAGUGUAAGAAGGUGACAGAGAGCAGAGAUAUCACUCAUUCAACAACUGAUUCCUGGAGAUUAAGCGCAAGAACAAUGCUGAAACCCAGAAACCUGCAAAAUACCAAACACUCUGAAUUAAACACAUCAGUGGACUCUUUCCAGCUUCAACAACCGAAACAAGAAACUAGUAGUCUGACUAACUCUAACACUGUGCUGACAUUUUAA